UGAAAUAGCCCUUGAAGGUUUCAGACAACAUCAGUUGAGAAACAGUUACCAUCAAAACAAGACCAAUUCACAAAAGCAAAAUGUUUUCCGAGAAGAGGAUGUUCAUCAUGGGCGUGUUCUACAUGGCCUUAGCCAUUCACCAAAGCCAAUCGAUGUGGUGGGGAUGCUUGUACGAACGGAGUUACUUUGUUCCGGAAAAUGCCACCACCAUGAACGACACCGAUUGUGAAAUGGAAGCCAUGAGCGAGAAUGCUCCCAAUGUGACCAUGACUGACUUCAGAAAAGACCAAGAGUUCUUGAACGAUAUUGGUGUUGGCAACGAAUUCCGUUUGUGCGAGAUCAUUGUUGCCAGAAGCUACCGCGUGAUUCCAGCUGGAACAGAGACUUCCUAUAACUUUGUCAGUGGCACAGUGGAACCCAUCGUUCGGGCCAAGAUCGAAGUUGGCGCUGAUGAGGAUCGCAUGGAAGACCUAUUCCCUCGUUUGGCCGAUAAUCUUGAAUAGAAUACACACAACCCAUCUGUAGCUACGUGAAAAGGGGCCUUUCAUUUUGCUUUCGCCACUGUUAAUUCGAUUUCAAAAUCAAUGUCAUUCUAAAUGUUUGUUCAGAAUCCCAAACCCUGAGAAAUGUACGCUUAACCAUGAAAAGAAAUAUAUUAGGUCCGAAGGAGGUCAA